UUGGGGCAUAGAAGUAGGGAUAAAGACUCAUAUAAUUGGGCUGGUUCUGAUAGUAGGCAUGCAAAUAUUGAGAAAAAGGACAAAGGUGAUAGGAGUGACCGAUAUGGAAGGAUGGAUUAUAGAAAGAGUUCAAUGGAUUACAAAGGUGAUCGUUCGCCUGCUUAUGAAGAGUCAAGGGAUCAAAUAAAUGAUUAUUCUUCACGAAGAGAAAAUACUGGACGUCGUUUAAAGGAAUCCUCUUCAAGAUACUCCAAGGAAGUCGAUGCAGAUGAUGAAAAGAGUAGGCGCCUGGAUGCAGGUCCUGAUAAGGUGAAGACUUUUAGCAUGGAGAGCACUGCUGCUGGCCCAGAUGUUCCUUCCGAGAAGGCUUAUGUGACGGAUUCUGAUAUUGAUGCUGCGAAAAUUGCUGCUAUGAAAGCUGCUGAAUUAGUUAACAAGAACUUGAUUGGAACUGCAUACAUGACCGCUGAUGAAAAGAAGAAGCUCUUGUGGGGCAACAAGAAGAACACUGCUACUGAGGAGCCUGCUCACCGUUGGGACACAACAACAUUUGGCGACUGUGAACGACAAGAAAAAUUCAACAAACUCAUGGGCGUGAAGGGGGACUCGAAGGUGGAGUCCAAGCUGGACGAGCCGGAUGUCGAGAAGAAACGGGAGCAGCUUCAGGUGGACUUAGAGAGACAGUACACGGCCUGUUUGCGCCGGCAAGAUGGCCGCACAGUUGGCCUCGGUCUUUUAGAUUACUUUGUUCGAUAUUUUCGUGUUUGUGUUGCUGUUAUUGUACUUUGGAUGUUUGUGUGUUAGGAAAACUAUCUUGUGUUAGACUUGUUAUUUGAUCAUGACUUGCAACGUAGCUGGAUGUUUGACUUAAAGUGGGAUUAUCAAGUUUGUGGUGUGUAUUGAAAAAGUGAAAUUUUACGCGUUUUGCUUGAUUAUGGCAUGCGUGAAUACUUUCAACUGAAUUUAGUAUGAGAUUAAUUCAACAAAGGGAUAUAUUGUUCAAAAAGAACAUGCAUAACUGAGGAGUUGAGGUUGAGACAUAACAAAAU